GUCAAUUCGUGUCGCUUCGUUUCAUAGAACAAGUUGAUCGCAACAGAAGCAGCAGCAGCAGAUCGCAGCGCCCAGUUCCAGUUUUUUGUUUGUCUGCGAACAAGCGCAGGGGAAAACGCUCUGCACCCACAACGGCCAGAGACUUGCUAGUGGCUAGAGCGGUACGCGUCGUACCGUACGACAACCAGUCCGUGUGUCAAGGUGCUACCGUGCACAAGGUUGUCCCGUGUGCAUACAACACUCUCCUGUGCAGAUGGUGGAUAGAGAUAUAGCUACCGUCGCACUUACCAUUGCGCCGACACUCUGAAACGACGCUGCUCCGAUACGUCGUUUUGUGGUCGUGAAUCUAGUGUGUGUUAAUGUGUUAAGUUUUGUUUUUACAUAUAUAUAUAUAGCCAAAUUCGAGUUUAUCUUGGUGUGUUGCUCGGUGUAAACGCUCGCUUAGAAUAAGGACGUGCGAUGUGCGGACACAUCUAACUGUUGACUUCUCUUCGGCUUCUAAUGCACUGUUAACCCUACCGUUUCCAUUAUCCAUUCCACACUGCUGACCAGUGUGUGUAUGUGUGUGUGCGUGUUGAUGGAAUAUCAAGUUAAAGUUCUAAUUCAGAUUUUUAAUCAUAAACCAUUCAUGUACAAAUAAACGCAACAAUUCCGUGUCUCGUGUCUCUUCUCCACCACAGCAGCUACAACCACUCGUCAGUGGUAUCGUGUGCGUGUGUAAAAGGUGUCGCGUUCGCGUUCGGUGUAGAACUCUGGGAUGCACUCCGUGACAGUGAUCCUGUGGCUGUAACGACACCGUGUACCGUAUGAGCGUGCAGUGAAUGCGUGUCGUAAGCGAGAGCGGGUGUAUGUUUGUGUGUGUGUGCGUUUCAUUCGAACGCUGAUUACUGAAUAAAGGUGAAACGCGUGUGGUGCGGUGCUGUGUGCGUCUGCGAUAGGAGAUGUGAACCGGCGUGUCGCGCGCGUUCAGGUGCGUACGUGCUGUAUAGUGGUGUCGAUGUCGAUGUGAAGGCAUACAAAACAAGCGUUCGAUAGUAAGUGUUAUUGCGCUCGUGCAGUGUAUACGGCAAACGCAGCGAACUGUCGCUAUUCGUUCGAAUGUGUUGCAGCGUAUUGUACGCGCUUACGGAAGCUCAUUAGUAACGCGCGUGUGUGUGUGUUUGUGUGCGUGCGCGUGUUUUGCGAAAUUGUGUAUCGAGUGAAUUAAAGUCAGUGAGAACACGUGUAGCACAUUGUGGGGUUGAAAAGGUGUAAGAAGAAGGAAAAAAUAUCCGCGCCGUACGGGUCCUCAGGUUAGGGUACACCUGCAGAGCUCGCCAAACCCUUCCCUUUUCCUAUAUAGGUCCGUGGUUUCGUACGCGUGAAUCGACCAUGGGUGACUUUCUGUACUCCGGCUCGGUGCUGGCGAACGAGUCGUGCGUCGCCAACUCGCAGUCGCUGCUCGACACGCUCAGCAUUAAUAAUCUGCUGAACAUCAAGCAUCUGGCGUCCGGGGCCGACAUUGGGGACAGUCUGGUCGGCACGAUCGUCGGCGAAUCGUCCUCGUCGUCCUCGUCCGUCUCGAUGGGCGAGCGCACCAAGAGCAAUGGCAAUGCGGGUGGUGGGGCGGUCGUGGGAAGCACCGGCCCGAAACCGUCCGUCGAUGUGGACGGACCGGCCGGGCUGCUGAUGGCGUCGAGCGUGGCCGCCUCGAGCGGUGGCGUUGCCGCCGGCGGCGGUCUAUCCUCCGUCUCGAGCAUCAUCACAACGGCCAUGUCGUCCGACGGCUGUGGCUCGCUGUCGUCCCGGGAGCUUUCGCUCGCCCUCGGGUCGGCCGGUGGGUGUGGCGGGGUGGGCGAGGCGACCGUCACCUCGUCCCUGCUGAACGGGGGCAGCAUUACGUCGCCCUCGAUCGUGAAUCUGGGGCACGGUGGCCUGAACGCUGGAACAACUGGCAGCACCAACAACAACAGCAGCACCCCGCACAGCAGUGGCAGCGCCAGUGGCAACAGCAUCAAUGGCAAUGGAGGUCACACGAACCAGAACAGCGCUAACAAUAAUCUGCUGCUGGACGGUACCGGGGCGACGGAUCCGCUCCAGCUGCAGUCGGUGGCCGAGGAGCUCAGCCUGAAGGCGUCCGAUCUGGGGUGUCUCGGUGUCACGUCCAACCUGAUGAACGGGUCGUCGCACAUCGGCUCCUGUCUGGCACCGAGCGGGCUCGGGUUCGGUAGCACACCGGACCACAGCAGCCCGUGGUCGACCGGGCCGGACGAGACGAGCCAGGGCCAGGGUGGUUCCGGCGGGGGCCACCUCUCGAUGAACGGGCUGGGCGCGUUCCAGAACUUCUCAAGCAAUCUGUACAGUGGUGCCGUGGUGGCGGCUGCUGCCGCUGCAGCCGCUGCAGCAGCUCAGCAGCAGCAACAGCAGCAACAGCAACAGCAGCAACAGCAACAACAACAGCAGCAACAGCAGCAACAGCAGCAACAGCAGCAACAACAUCAACAGCGUCGUGCAAUAACUGCCUCGCAUGGUGGCUUCCCGAACCACGGCCACCACGGCAUCUCGCCGAACGGUCUCUCCGUGCAUGGCAAUGCAAUGUUGCAGCAACAGCAGCAACAGCAGCAACAACAGCAACAACAGCAACAAAAUCAGUAUAAAAACUCUUACCCAUCCUGGUCCAACCCGGGACCUUGGUCGCAACAACAAUCCACCCAGCAGCAGCAGCAGCAGCAACAGCACCAUCAGCAGCAGGUGCAUCAGCAUCAGCAGCAGCAGCAAAGCUCACUGUCCAGCUGGAAUCGGGGCCGUUCCAUGUCGAGCCUGAACCCGUCGGGGCUCGGCCCGAACGGGCUGCACUCGCGCAAACCACCCCACCAGUCCGGCGGCAACCAGUCGCUCUCACCGUACGGCAUCGGCAGCAACAGCAGCCAUCUGCAGCAAUCCCACCACCACCAACAGCAGCAGCAUACGCAUCAGCAGCAAAGCAUGCAGCAUGCACACCAUCAGCAGCAGCAGCAGCAUGCUCACCAUCAGCACCAGUCGCACCAUCAGUCGAACGCACUGCAACCGCUGCAAUCGAACCUGGCCAACUCGCCCUCGCGCUACCGGCGCACCAAUGCGUCCGUGCCGUUCCCGUCCAAAUCGACCCUAUCGGCACUGGGGGCGGGCGGCGGCGGCGGCGGUUCGGUCGGUGGCUCGGGCGGUGGCAGCAUUGUGGGCGCUGGCGGUGGUGGUGGCAACGGCGGCGGCGGCAGUGGCUCCAUUGGCAUCGGGUCUGGCGGGUUUCCUGGACCGCUCGACGUCGUGUCCGGCAUGGAUGAGAAUCGUGAUCCGUUCCUGUCCUCGUACCAGGACCGCACCGGGCUGGGCAACGGUUUGGACAUGCGCUCGCUCGAGCACUGUCUGAGCGACAUCAUGCGAAAUGUGGGCGAAGCAUCGCAGCCGGAUCAUCUGAAAGGAUUUUUAAACUGCAAUACCAACACACUGCAAUCGCUGGCCCAGCUACAUGGAAAGCUCGAUUUCCACGAAUUCAUCCCAGGCAAACCCUUUUUCGCCGGACUGGACGAACACCUGAACGAUGACGAUGGUAGCGGUGGCGGUGGCUUCAUCGGUACCAACCAGCUGCAGCUCAACUCGCCGGCUAGAUCUUCGCCCCAUUCGAAUGGCUCGGAGACGACGGAACGGUUCUCCCGGAAAGUGUUUGUCGGCGGUCUGCCACCAGACAUCGAUGAAGAGGAAAUUACCACAUCGUUCAACCAGUACGGAGAUCUCAUCGUCGAUUGGCCGCACAAAGCGGAAUCGAAAUCAUACUUUCCGCCGAAGGGAUACGCUUUUCUGCUGUUUCAGGAGGAGCGCGGCGUGCAGAAGCUGAUCGAAACGUGCGUCCCGGAUGACGACAAGCUCUACAUCACCGUCUCGUCGCCGACGAUCAAGAACAAAGCGGUGCAAAUCCGUCCCUGGCGGCUGGCGGAUGCCGACUUCGUGCUGGACGCCUCGAUGCCGCUCGAUCCGCGCAAAACCGUCUUUGUCGGGGGUGUUCCGAGACCGUUGAAAGCUUAUGAACUGGCCAUGAUAAUGGAUCGCUUGUAUGGUGGUGUAUGCUACGCUGGUAUCGACACCGAUCCGGAACUGAAGUACCCGAAGGGCGCCGGACGUGUUGCGUUCUCGAACCAGCAGAGCUACAUCGCCGCCAUCUCAGCCCGUUUCGUCCAGCUGCAGCAUGGCGACAUCGAUAAACGUGUCGAGGUGAAACCGUACGUUUUGGACGACCAAAUGUGCGACGAGUGUCACGGCCAGCGGUGCGGUGGAAAGUUUGCACCUUUCUUCUGCGCCAACGUCACCUGUCUACAGUAUUAUUGCGAGCAGUGCUGGGGUUUAAUUCACUCGCGCGAAGGCCGCGAGUACCACAAGCCCCUGGUUAAGGAGGGCGCGGACCGGCCCCGGGCAGUGCCCUUUCGUUGGUGUUAACGCCAACAGCCCCGAUCAAUUUCAACUGCAACUGCUAGGACGCCGGCGGCGGCGCGGGCGGGUGGUGGAGCUGGCGGCAGUGCCGCCGGUACACUCGGCUGCGCCGCACCGACCGAUAGCCUCCCAUCGCUAUCCACCGGCACUAGCGCCACGACCCUUUCCGCCGGACUCUACUAUGGUGGCAGCGGCACUAAUGCCGGAUUUGCCGGCUCUGCCAGCUACGUACCACCGCCGCCUUCGUUUCCCUGGGCUGCCAGCACUGCUGGAGCCGGCACCGGCAGCGGAGCGGUUGGCUUUGCCGGCGGACUGUCGUCCAGAACGGCGCGACACCAUCAUCACCACCACCAGCACCAACAGCAGCACCACCAGCAGCAGCAGCAGCAGCUAAGCACCCGUCCACUGUCCCUGUCAGCGUCUGCGUCCACGCCCGCGUCGACCCUGUCGCACGUGGCAACGCAUGGUGGAGGUGGCACCGGUGGCUCAUACCACCAUCACCUCCAGUCGCGCUUUGGAGCAGCGGCCAGCGGCAGUGGUGGUGGUGGUGGUGGUGUUGGCAGUGGUGCGUCGGCGCUCGUGUCGCCCACGUCUUCGUCGUCGUUCAAUCGUUGCAGUUCCAUUGAUCAGUACCAUCAUCAUUCAGCGAUGGCAGCGGCCGCCGUCGUCGGCAGUGGCAGUAGCGGCAGCAGCAGCAGCAACAGUAUCGGCGGGCUUAGCAACGUUGCCGGCAUGGCUGGCGUCAAGAAAGAAGACCUUCUUAAGCAACGCCUUGCUAAGCUGCAGUCGAUUACUCCCACCACCGACGGAAGUCCGUAAGAGGUAUGGAUAAGUGUUAGGGGGUGUGCCCCUUCGGCUAUCGGAUUAGGAAAAUACCCUUUCCAACGAUUCCUACCUACUCUAGCAGUUGAAUUUGUGAAGCCUCGCGAGAGGAUGGGGGGGGCAUACGUUACUUAGUUGUAUGUGCAAUUUUCUACUCUCAACUCAAAACAAACCACCUUUUAUAAUCAAACCAGAACUCUCUGAUAUGUAAAAAAACACAAACACAGAUACACAAGCGUUGUUUCUAGCGAUUCUAGGUUGGUUUUGCGUUAAUGCUGGUUUCUUUCAAAACCAGAGCAUGCGUUCGACGAAACACGGUAGCCCAAUUCAUUUUAAUAUUUAUACUUUUAGUAGAAUCCCAAUGCAGUGAACUUUGUCGGGGUUUAAAAACAAAACAAAACCAAAUAAUAAAAACGAGCGAGAGAGCGACACAUCUGUUAGAAGAUCAAAACAAA